CAUUGCUGGGAAGGUGGCCUUCAGGGGCAGGCACUUCACCAGUGGGGGAACUUUGCAGCUUCGUCCUCUAAUGUCCCCAGACAAGAAAAUGAAGUCGAAAACCACAACUUAUUAAUGUAAGCAAGGCACCUGUUGAAAUCGGGAAAAAAAGCCUCAGAAAGAAUUGAAGGCCCCCAAAGAGGUGAAGCUAUGAUGAGUUACCAAAAUGCUGCACUUGAUUUAAGCACUGGCUCCCAGCCUGAGCCAAAGAGCCCAGAGAGGACAGAAAAUGUGACUGUAGAUAGAGACUAUGGCACAGGCCUGCUUGAAAACCAGCUCAGCGUGGAUGACUUUGUGAAGAUACAGAGGGCCUUCGAGUCUCCAGACCCAAGGGAAACCAUUUGUAUGUCCAGAGAAGAAUUCAUGCAUAGGAUGACCGAGAUUGUUGGUUGGGGCCAAGCAGAAGAAUAUGGAGAGCUCUUUGACAAAGUGGAUGUGGCCCGGGAGGGCUUCAUUAACUGGGACAAGCUGACUUCAUUUAUCCUGUUAUCACUUUAUGAGAAAGAUGCACGGACAAAGGCAACUGUGGUUCCCCAGUGGAAGGACCUUGAAUUCCUCCCAGGAAAACACAAGGACACCAUUCAAAAAAUAAUUUUCUUAAAAAGUUCAGGUCAUUAUCUGACUAUCAGUAAAGAAGGCUUAUUAGGAAUCUGGGGAGAAAAUUUAAAGCUACAAGAAACACUUCCUAUCACUUCAGAUGCCACCAAACUGAAACACCUGUGGGUGACGUGUCUGGUUUCUCUGGAAAAUGUAAACAAGAUUGCAGUGGCUUUUACAAGUAAAGAGAUUUGUUUCUAUGAUCUGCUGUCCAAAGAAUUUCCUUGUCAAUAUAAACUCCAAGGCCUGAAAGGAACACCAAUUUGCAUGGAUUAUUGGUGUGAUCCUCUUGAUGCCAAUGAAUCAAUUCUUUCUUUUGGGGACAUAACUGGAAAGGUCCAAGCAAUUGUUUUCACGGCAGCCUUGAUCUCCCUGUUUGAACGGCCUGCUAGUUCAUGUGAUGACAAAGAAGCCACCAUGACCAUUAACUGGGCAGAGCUGCUUUCCGGAUGUCACAGAUGUUGCCAUAUUUUAGGACAUAAACUUCACCAUGGAGAUUGGGUCAGACAAGUGACUUAUAAUGCAUCUUUGGAUGCUAUCAUUUCCAGUACAACCAGCAAUACAAAUACUGUGGUGCUGGCUUGGAGAGAGAAAUCAAAAAAGCAUCUUAAAAUUACAUCCUUCGACAUUGCCCAGGGCGUUCAUGCUUUUGAUUACCACUCUCGGCUCAAUUUAAUUGCAACUGCUGGCAUUAACAAUAAAGUUUGCCUUUGGAAUCCCUAUGUUGUUUCUAAACCAGUUGGUGUCCUUUGGGGUCACUCAGCCAGUGUAAUAGCUGUCCAGUUCUUUGCUGAAAGAAAACAACUUUUCAGCUUCUCCAGAGAUAAAGUUUUGAGACUCUGGGAUAUUCAGCACCAGCUGUCCAUCCAGAGAAUAGCCUGUUCUUUCCCCAAAAGUCAGGACUUCAGAUGCCUCUUCCACUUUGAUGAAGCCCAUGGACGACUUUUCAUCUCAUUUAAUAACCAGUUAGCAUUGCUGGCCAUGGAGAGUGAAGCCAACAACAGAGUGAGAAGCCACCAGAAACCAGUCACUUGCAUUCUUUACAAUUCGCUCCUGAAGCAGGUAAUCAGCUCUGAUGUGGGAUCUACUGUUUCCUUCUGGAUGAUAGACACUGGGCAGAAAAUCAAACAGUUUACUGGUUGCCAUGGCAAUGCAGAAAUCAGCACUAUGGCCCUCGAUGCAAAUGAGACACGGCUUUUGACUGGCAGCACAGAUGGUACUGUAAAGGUAUGGGACUUCAAUGGCUAUUGUCACCACACUCUAAAUGUUGGGAAAGAUGGAGCUGUGGAUAUUUCACAGAUCCUGGUUCUUAAGAAGACAAUACUGAUAACAGGCUGGGAAAGAGCUAUUACUGUGUUUCGACCCCAAAACUUCAAUCGAUUUUUCAUCCAGCCUGAAGAAUGGAAAGGUGGAAUACAGCACCAAGAUGACAUCCUGUGUGCUGCCUUUUUACCUCCACAAACUCUUGCUACAGGGAGUUAUGAUGGAGAAAUUGUUCUGUGGAACAAUAGCACAGAAAAUGCUCACUAUGUACUUCACCCUGAUUACCAGAGGUUGCUAAAAUCAAAAUCAGAUACAGAGCCUCAAGAUCUUCUCAGUGCUGAGAAGAGCCCCUCUUCGUACCACAUGGCAGAUCAGGCCACCCUGGCAGCCUACACCUUGGAGAUUGACACCGAGGGUAACAAUGCUGUUAUGAGGCUUUGCUUCCUUGAAGCAAGGAAAACCAAUGCAACCACAGGAGGAGCUAACCUGAUAUCAUGUGGUGGGUCUGGUUAUGUCAGAUUCUGGAAUACGUUUAAGAAACAACUUCUGGCUGAGUUUUUGGCCCACAGAGGAGCCGGAUCCAUUAUUAUGUCUAUUGAUAAAUUGAACCGAUACCUUACCACAGGAGAUCUUGAUGGAUGUUUGAAAAUCUGGAAUAUAGAGGACUACUGUCUUAAUUCCAGUGAGAACAAAGUCACACAACCCCCAACGCUAAUAAGAUCAUUCCAACCUCACGAGGACCGGAUAACUUCCUUGGAGGUUUGUGAGCGAGGUGGCCAUCUACUGAUUGUCUCCUCCUCUGCAGACUGCAGCAUUUGUGUGACUGGAAUCUGCAAUGCUCCUGUUUGGAUCUUUGGUCAGGCAAAACAUUGGCAUAUUGACAACUGUCUUUCUCCUUCUAAAAGAGAAAUGGAAAGUGAAACUCAAGAGGAAAGUAUGAGAGCAAAACCUUUGUUUUCUAAAGACCCAACAGAAUAUUCUCUACUUAACAAGAAAAACAAAGAUCACUCAACAUACAAUGUCAAACUAUCAGAAGAUAUAAAUUUAGACAUAAAAUAUGAGGAAAGAGAUAUUUAUAAGAAAAAAACACCUAAACUUUAUUAUGAUGAAACUAUACAAAAAUCAGCCACCUGCUGUUUUGAAGGUGCGUUUAGGUCAUUAAGCAUCCGAGGGCUGAAAGAGCUGCCGGAAGUGAAGAAACCUUCUUUCCUUCUAGACCUUGAGAAAUACUUUAGGGAAGAGCCAGAGGAGGAACAUCCCCAAAUUCCAGAGCUUCCUUUACUUUCUGAAACUUUGAAAGCUGUAUUUGUUGAAAAAAACCUGUUCCCCAAAGAAAUUCUGGAUCAUGAAAGAAAAGCCAAGCAAUUACAUCAGGAAACAAGUUGUGAAGUGAAGAUAAAGAGAAAUAAGAAGCAAUUAUAAUUGAAAGAAAAAUAAAUAUUUCAUUGUCAUAGAAAGUACACUCAUAAAAUGCAGAAAACACAUCAAGAAUUCUGCCUGUCUUUUACUUUAUAUUUGAACUUCUGAAGGCUUCAUUUUCUGAUGAUGUUUUAUUGCUGCUUUUAUCUGUCAUCUUUCACUUUGAAUGUAUUCUUAAUAUGAGAAAGUUUGGACUAGAGAAGGCGAAAUGUUCAUUGGUACUAUCUGUUCUCAAGCGUUUUUAUAUAAAAAAUGUACAAUUCCAGAACAAAGUAUUUUAAUCAGUUGUAUUCCUAAUUGCCUGUAUACAUAAAUGUGUUUGGUCAUUUUUUUAUUAUAAAACCUCCAUUAAAACAUAUGGAAGCUAUUGACACACAUCUACAAAUUUGAAUAAGAAAACUGUUCCCAGUUUUUACACUUUCUGGAUUAUUUUUCUGAAAAUGGCAAUUAGAUCUUAUCAAUAACAGUCUCUCCUCUUAAUUCUUUAAAAAUAUAUUUUAUUUUAGCCAUACAAAUUUAUGGCAUACAGUGUCAUAAUUUGAUAUGUAUAUACAGCAUUUAAUGAUCAAAUGGAAUUGUUAACAUUAACAUCUCUUUACACACUUAAAAUUGUUUUGAUUAACAUGUAUAGUUGGGUGUGAUGAUACAGUUCUGUAAUAUCAGUGACUUGGGAGGCUGAAGUGGGAGGAUUACAAGUUCAAGACCAGCCUUUCCAAUUUGGGGAGACCCUAUCUCAAAA